AUGCAGGCACUCAGCCUUGGCCUGGUGGCCCUGACCUGUGCCACAACUGCUCUGUGCGCUGCCGGAGCCCAGCGCCGGGAACCCGAGGCGGGCAACCGCCGGCGAUACCACCGGGUGCAGCACGGCCAUUGCAGCUACACUUUUGUGCUGCCCGAAGCUGACCCUCCGCCGUGCCAACCUGUGCCCGCCGUGCCCGGCCCUGCCAACGCACUGCUGCAGCGGGACUCACCGCUUGGCAUCGCUCACGCCGGCCACGGGGCCGCCCAGCGCCUGCGGCACCUGGAGAGGAUCCUGGAGAACAGCACCCAGUGGCUGUUGAAGCUGGAGAGCUACCUCCAGAGCAGCAGGACGCCGGCGCUGGCGGAGCUGCGGCAGGCGGCGGUGCAGAACCAGACAGCCUCCAUGCUGCAGCUCAGCAGCUCCCUGCUCAACCGCAGCGCCGAGCAGAGCCGCAAGCUCACCCACGUGGAGGCACAGGUGCUGAACCAGACGCUGCGCAUCGAGAUGCAGCUGCAGGAGAACUCCCUGUCCACCACCAAGCUGGAGAAGCAGCUGCAGCUGCAGACCAACGAGAUCCACAAGCUGCAGAGCAGGAACAACAUCCUGGAGGUGAGGGUGCUGGAGAUGGAGACGAAGCACCAGGAAGAGCUGGCAGGGGCCCGCUCGGAGAAGGAGAAGUUGCAGCACCUGGUGAGCAGGCAAAGUGGCACCAUUGAGGAGCUGGAGAAGUCACUGCUGGCCACCAGUGCCAACACCAGCCUGCUCCAGCGCCAGCAGCUCCAGCUCCUGGAGUCAGUGCAGAGCCUGGUGCAGAGCCUCGUCGCCCAGGGGAGAGCCCAGCUGCCCAGGCAGGAGCAGCUCUUCCAGGACUGUGCUGAGGUUCUCCGGGCAGGCAUCCAUACCAGCGGGGUCUACACCCUCCACAUUGCAAACCUCAGUGAGCCCAAGAGGGCAUACUGUGAGAUGGAGACGGAGCGCGGGGGCUGGACGGUCAUCCAGCUGCGUGCCAACGGCAGCCUCAGCUUCCAGCGGGGCUGGAGGGAGUACAAGCAGGGCUUUGGGGAUGCAGCUGGGGAGCACUGGCUGGGCAAUGAGGCUGUGCACCUCCUGACCAGCCGGGCACCCUAUGCCCUGCGAGUCGAGCUGCAGGACUGGGAGGGCACCCAGGUCUAUGCCCAUUAUGGGAAAUUCCAGCUGGGAAGCGAGAAGCAGCUUUACAGGCUGUUACUACAGGACUACAGUGGCACAGCUGGGCAGCAGAGUGGCAUGGCACUGCAGGGCACCCGCUUCAGUACCCGCGACGCUGACAACGACAACUGCCUCUGCAAGUGUGCCCAGAUGCUGUCGGGAGGCUGGUGGUUCGAUGCCUGUGGGCUCUCCAACCUGAACGGGAUCUACUACCCUGCCCGGCACAACAUCCGCAAGCUGAAUGGCAUCCGCUGGCACCACUUCCAGGGGCCCAGCUACUCCCUGAAGGGUACCCGCAUGCUGAUACGGCCUGCCAGCUUCUAG